AUGCCACAACCGCCUAUCAUCAUCGUCGGGGCAGGCAUCACAGGGCUGGUGCUGGCGCAAGCCCUCAAGAAGCACUCCAUCCCUUGUGUUGUGUACGAGAGGGACCCCGAUCCGUUGUAUCGAGGCAAGGGCUGGGGCAUCACCAUCCACUGGGCCCUCAACUCGCUGAUGGAAUGUCUACCUCGUCACAUCUCCGAUCGCCUGUCGGAGGCUUACGUGGAUCCUGAAGCGAGUCGCAACGGCGAGAAUGGUCACUUCUUGUUCUUCAACUUGCGCACCGGCGAGGGCGCUUUGGCAAGUGCCGCCUAG